CACGUGUUUUCCCUUACCAUCAUGGCGUCCUACUGAUGCGCACAGGCGUAGCAAGUUUAGUGAUAGGUCUUCUACUAAUGCACGUGCCAUAGUUAACUUCUAAAGCCAAAGAAAAGGUUUAGAACAUGGCAGAAGUUGAAGACGGAGCAGUGGCGGCUGCCGUCUCGCUGGGCGAAAUGGAUUCUGGGCUGGAGAAAGUGACGGAGGAAGGAUCGACCGAGAACGUGGACGAGGUGGCGAUGGACAGAGAGGCCGAGGCGGGCUCCGACCCCAGCGUGUAUCGCUACGUCAAGGGGGACCUGUUCACCUCCGAAAUCUUCAAGGUCGAGAUCCAGAACCUGCCCAAGUUCCUCGGCUUCAACGACCUGAAGAGGUUCCUGAGCAAGCACGGCCUCAACCCGCACAAGAUCAAGCUCUUCGGCAGGCAGACCUUCGCCUUCGUCACCUUCAAGAGCGCGGAGGAGCGCGACAAGGCCAUGAAGGCCGUCCACGGGAUGCAGUGGAAGGGCCGCGUGCUGAGCGUGCGCCUGGCCAAGCCCAAGGCCGACCCCAUCCUGAGGAAGCGGAAGCAGGAGGAGGCCGAGGGUGCCUCCUCGCCAGCCCCCAAGCGCUCCGCGGAGUCCCGGGACCCGGAGGCGAAGGCGAAGGAGGAGGAGAACGAGGAGCCCCUCAGCAAGCAGAUAGCGGACGUCGUGACGCCCCUGUGGGAGGUGCCCUACGAGGAGCAACUGAAGAGGAAGGAGCAGGAGGUGGAGGCAGUCCUGCAGAGGCUUGCCCGGGAAAUCGGAAACAACAACAGGGCUAUGCUACCCUGGCUGUUCGUGCAGAAGGAGAAGCAUAAUAAAAUGUGCUGUCCGCUGGAACCCAUCCGUCCGUCUCCCGUCCAGACCGAGUACAGGAAUAAGUGUGAGUUCCUCGUUGGGAUCGGGGCAAACGGUGAGGACAAGACGGUGGGAUUCCGGCUGGGGAAGUACAAAGGGGGCUCCUGUGCUGUGGUCGGCCCCUCCGAAACCAUCCACGUUCCUGCAGAGGCCAAGAAGGUGGUCCAAGCCUUCCAGGACUACAUCAGGACGACCCCGUACUCGGUUUACAGCCCGGAGACGUACGAGGGCCACUGGAAGCAGCUGACCGUACGGACCAGUCGGACCGGUCAGAUCAUGGUCAUGGUUUUCUUCAAUCCGCAGAAACUUGAAGAUGAGGAACUGGGCAGGCUGAAGAGCUCUCUGAAGCAGUAUUUCACCGAGGGAGGGGGGAAGGAGAGCGGGGUGACGUCUCUGUACUUUGUCCGGGAAGGGCAAAGGACGUCUCCCAACGUGGAGGACCUGCCCUGUGAGCUUGUGGCUGGAGAGUCCUGCAUUCACGAGGAGUUGCUGGGCCUGAAGUUCAGGAUAUCUCCACACUCCUUCUUCCAGGUGAACACGAGCGCUACGGAGGUGCUGUACUCGGCCGUAGGGGAGUGGGCCCAGCUGGACCGGGACAGCACGGUUCUGGACGUGUGCUGUGGAACAGGAACCAUCGGCAUCUCUCUGGGCAAGAGGGUAAAGAAAGUGAUUGGGAUCGAGCUGUGUCAGGAGGCAGUGGAGGAUGCCAAAGUUAACGCUCAGAUCAACGGUCUGACGAACGUGGAGUUCCACUGCGGAAAGGCAGAAGACGUGUUCCCGACUGUGCUCAAUGCCGUCGUUUCCCAGAAUCUCACCGCCAUUGUGGAUCCUCCCCGAGCAGGACUGCAUUCCAAGGUCAUCUUGGCAAUCCGAAGAGCAGAACAUUUAAAGAGGCUGGUUUAUGUGGCUUGCAAUCCAAAAGCUGCCAUGAACAACUUCAUAGAUCUCUGCAGAGCCCCCUCCAAUCGUGUUCGAGGUGCUCCAUUUCGGCCAGUCAAAGCCAUGGCGGUGGACCUCUUUCCACAAACCCCGCACUGCGAGAUGCUCCUGCUGUUUGAGAGAGUGGACUACAGCUCCCAGAGUGACGCAGCCAAACAGGAAGAGGCGGCCCCUGCAACUUAACCAAUCAAAUUCUCCGUUCGGCUCUGCUCUAAUCAACUACCCACCAAUUUCCAAUCAUGCUUUGUUUGUACAAGCACAACUAAGGAAAAUGAAAAACGUAGUAACAUUUCCUGUGUAUGAUCUGGUAUGGUCAGCAUCUUAAUGCAAUAUAUGAGCAAAAGAUUGAGAAAGUGGGUGUAGUUGUAAGCAAUUACUUACCAGUAAGUUCGACAUGGGUCAUUCUUGACCUACUUGCCAUCCCAUUUCAGUUACAUUAAAUGACCUUGAGUUUUUUUUUUUUUUUUGCAUUUAUUAAAUCUGUUUUUGGUGUCACUGUCAGAACAUCAGUUCUUAGUGUAUAAUUUUUUUGUAAAUUUAAAGCAAAAAUAAAUGGAUGACAAAGCAAUAAA